AUGCCAGGGCCGCCCACAGUCCUGGAGCAGACGCGCCCCGAGCAGAGCGCGCCGGACUCGCGGCGCGCAGGCUUCGUUCUGGGGCUGGACGUGGGCAGCUCGGUGAUUCGCUGCCACGUCUAUGACCGCGCGGCGCGGAUCCGCGGCUCCAGCGCUCAGAAGGUAAAAAGUCUUCAUCCUCAAGCUGGCUGGGUUGAAAUUGAUCCUGAUUUUCUCUGGCUUCAGUUUGUUGCUGUAAUAAAAGAAUCUGUCAAAGCUGCAGGACUACAGAUGAAUCAAAUUGUCGGUCUUGGCAUCUCAACACAGAGAGCAACUUUUAUUACGUGGGACAAGAAAACGGGAAAGCAUUUCCACAACUUCAUUAGUUGGCAAGACCUAAGAGCUAUUGAACUUGUAAAAUCUUGGAAUGGUUCUCUUUUAAUGAAGCUCAUACACAGUUCCUGCCGAAUGCUGUACUUUUUCACUAGAAGUAAACGAUUUUUAGCAGCCAGUUUGUUCACUUUCACAACCCAGCAUGUUUCUUUGAGAUUGGCCUGGAUUUUGCAGAACCUGGCUGAGGUGCGAAAGGCAAUUGAAGAAGAAAAUUGCUGCUUUGGGACUAUUGAUACCUGGUUGUUACAUAAGCUCACAAAAGGUUCUGAAUUUGCCACAGAUUUUUCAAAUGCCAGUACAACUGGACUUUUUGACCCAUAUGAGAUGUGUUGGAGUAAGCUCAUCACCUCCCUGCUUUCAAUCCCGCUCUCUCUGCUGCCUCCCGUGAAGGAUACAAGCCACAAUUUUGGAUCAGUGGAUGAAGAGAUAUUUGGUGUGCCUAUACCAGUAGUGGCCUUGGUUGCUGACCAGCAAUCAGCCAUGUUUGGAGAAUGCUGCUUCCAGACAGGAGAUGUGAAGUUAACCAUGGGAACUGGGACAUUUUUGGAUAUUAAUACUGGAAAUAACCCUCAACAGAGUGUUGGAGGCUUUUAUCCAUUAAUUGGGUGGAAGAUUGGGCAAGAAGUGGUGUGCUUAGCUGAAGGCAAUGCAGCAGACACCGGUACUGCCAUACAGUGGGCUCAACAGUUAGAUCUGUUCACAGAUGCUGCUGAAACUGAAAAAAUGGCCAAAAGUUUGGAAGAUUCUGAAGGAGUUUAUUUUGUUCCAUCUUUUAGUGGAUUGCAGGCUCCAUUAAAUGACCCCUGUGCAUGUGCCUCUUUUAUGGGUUUGAAGUCUUCCACCAAUAAAUACCACCUUGUACGAGCAAUAUUGGAGUCAAUAGCUUUCAGAAACAAACAGUUAUAUGAGGUGAUGCAGAAAGAGAUCCACAUUCCUGUAAGAAAAAUCCGAGCAGAUGGAGGAGUUUGUAAGAACAGUUUUGUCAUGCAGAUGACUUCAGACCUGAUUAACGAGACGAUAGACAGACCUGUCCACAUUGAUAUGUCCUGCGUAGGUGCAGCUUCUCUAGCUGGCCUUGCUGUUGGGUUUUGGACUGACAAGGAGGAACUAAAGAAACUGAGGCAAAGUGAAAUAGUUUUCAAGCCACAGAAGAAAUGGCAAGAAUAUGAAAAGAAUAUGGGAAACUGGGUCAAAGCAGUGAAACGCUCCAUGAACUGGUAUAACAAGACAUAGCACUAACGGAAUGACUGAAACCACGCAUGGCUGGUUGCUGUGAUAUGCAGAUGAGACAAAGCUCAGGGACAACAAUGCGACCAUGAAUGAGAGAAGACUGGAGCUGAGCUCUGCAACCCGAGAGAAAAAGCACUGCUGUUUUGAAAACAAAACAAAACCCCUCACUGAAAAAAUUCUAAACCUUGGUAAGAUUGUAAGGCAACAAUACCUCAGAACUUUUAAAUCUUCUGUUUUGUAGCAAAUUCCAAAGGACACUAGCCAUUUCCAACCAUGUUUUGACAGUCACGGGUCCUCCUCCUGUUUGUACUGGGCCAAUAUGAACAUAAUUGUUUACUAUCUGAGUUAAUAGUCCCGGGCAAAAUUGUUUACUAACUGAGUUAAUAGUUCCGGGUCAAGCAGUGUUCGUGUUUUGUUCCAAAAUGAUGUGAAAAGUGUUCCCUUAAUUCUUUAAAAUGAAGUGGGCUAUUUGAAGUCCAUAUAGCUAAAAAGAAAGAAUAACCAAGAAAAUGUGGAAUUUUGAAACAUUAAUAUUUUUUAUUUAAAGCCAUAAUCGUUCAGUGUUAUAUCCAAAUAUGAGCUCAAUAUGUCGCUCUUAGAUAGGCUCAUUUGGUAGUCAAUUCUUUCCUUUAUUGGGUUUAAAGACACUGCCUUAAUUUUUCCUUGUUUAACCAAAAUCUGAGCUUUCUUUAUAUAUUGAAAAACACUGAAAAAAAUCAUUUUAGUUAAUAAAACCAAAAAGGGUAUUGAUUCAUAAGGAAUAGGAGAAUACUUUCCUUCUCAGAUAGCAUUUCUUUCAAAAAUUUCUGGGUAAAGUAUAAAAUCUCACUUUUUACAAAAUACACGUAGUAAAUAUCAA